UUAGAGUGUUGUGGGAUGAAACCAUCACCCUCAUCUUCGUUGAAAAAAUAGGAACCGGAAACAGAAAAAUAAGGGAGAAAAGGCGAAGAAAACAGUAAUACAACAAACUAUGUCAUAUAUAUAUGUAUAUAGUCACGGCAGAUGAAAAAGUGUAUGUUUUAAACUGGGAAAUUCACAAGAGAGGGAAACUUCCAUAUUACAAUUGCUGAUAAAAUUUUCAUAUCAGUGAGAAGUCUUGAUCGCUGUUGCAAUCUGAUAGAAAAUGUUUUCCGGCGGUGGACGCGGCUGAGCGCGGUGGGAGAAGGAAAUUAUUAAUCAUGAAGAAAGGAAAGGGCAAGAAUAGCGGCUUGUUGCCAAAUUCACUGAGGAUAAUCUCUCUGUGCCUGAAGACUGUGUCAACGAAUGCCACCACAGUUGCUUCUACUGUGCGCUCCGCCGGCGCCUCUGUCGCCGCUUCAAUUUCCUCUUUUGAGGAUCACAAAGAUGAGGUAACCUGGGCUGGUUUUGAUACACUCGAACUUGAUCCAUCAAACUUCAAACGCGUUCUUUUACUUGGUUAUCUGAAUGGAUUUCAAGUUCUUGAUGUGGAAGAUGCCUCUGGCUUCAGUGAACUGGUCUCAAAGCGUGAUGGUCCAGUUUCCUUUCUACAGAUGCAGCCCUUCCCUAUCGGUGAUGAUGGCCAGGAGGGGCUCAGAAAUUCUCACCCUUUACUGUUGGUGGUUUCUGGGGAUGGUAAUAGCAAUGUUAAUCGGAACAGUACUUCUUUCAGUGGUUUAGAAAGGGAUGACAACGUUGAGAUGCAUUCUGGGAACAAUGUCAACCUUUCAACAACUGUUCGGUUUUAUUCCAUGAAGUCUCACUGUUAUGUUCGAGUUUUGAGGUUCCGUUCCACCGUGUGCAUGAUCCGAUGCAGUUCACGGAUAGUAGCAGUUGGUCUUGCCACACAAAUCCACUGCUUUGAUGCCAUAACUCUUCAGAAUAAGUUCAGUGUUCUCACUUAUCCUGUUCCUCAAUUAGCUGGAAAAGGAACAACUGGUGUUAAUGUUGGUUAUGGUCCCAUGGCUGUGGGUCCGAGGUGGUUGGCAUAUGCUUCUAACAACCCCCUUCCCUCUAAUUUAGGUUGCUUAAGCCCUCAAAACUUCAGUGCUUCAGCAGGCAUUAGUCCAUCAGCAACUACUCCAAACAGUGGUAGUUUAGUGGCUCGUUAUGCAGUGGAGUCCAGUAGACAUUUAGCUGCUGGAAUAAUCAAAUACUGUCAAGAGCUUCUUCCUGAUGGCUCCUCUUCACCCAUGCCAUCAAAUUUAGGAGUGAAAGUCAAUAGGGUUACAGGAACUGAUGCAGAUAAUGUGGGCAUGGUAGUCGUUAAGGAUUUUGUUUCCGAAAUUAUCAUAUCACAAUUCAAAGCCCACAGUAGUCCUAUUUCUGCACUAUGUUUUGAUCCUAGUGGGACCCUUCUGGUUACUGCAUCAGUCUAUGGGAAUAGCAUUAAUAUAUUUCGUAUAAUGCCAUCAUUCACAUGCAAGAGUUCAGGAAUUUCAAGCUCAAAUUGGAACACUUCUCAUGUGCAUCUUUAUAAACUUCAUCGUGGAAUAACACCAGCUAUGAUUCAGGACAUCUGUUUCAGUAACUUUAGUCAGUGGAUUGCAGUUGUGUCCUCCAAGGGUACAUGUCAUCUUUUCAUUUUAUCACCCUUUGGAGGUGAUACUGGUUUUCGAAUUAUAAGUUCUCAGGGUGAAGAACCGUCCCUACUUCCAGUUUUUCCUCUACCUUGGUGGUUUACACCGGGUUCCAUUUCUUAUCAGCAAUCUUUGCCUCCCCCAGCACCCGUUGUCCUUUCUGUGGCUAGCCGGAUAAAAUAUAGCAGUUUUGGAUGGCUUAAUACUGUUCACAAUUCUGCUGCAAAUUAUACAGGAAAAGUUUUUGUUCCAUCUGGUGCUAUCGCUGCCAUCUUUCAUAAUUCCUUAUCUCACUCACAGCUUAACUCGAAGGCAAACCCCUUAGAGCAUAUAUUGGUAUAUACGCCUUCAGGUCAUGUUGUUCAACAUGAACUGCUGCCAUCUGUUGGUUCAGAAACAAGUGAUAGUAGUUUAAGAAACCAGUCGACUUCAGUCCUGCAGGAGGAUGAAUUCAGAGUCAAAGUUGAACCCAUUCAGUGGUGGGAUGUCUGUAGAAGGUCAGAAUGGCCUGAAAGAGGGGAUACUUGCAUCAAUACCUUUGAUAGACAAGGAAGUAUUGAGAGAGAUCAAGAGAAAACAGGUUAUAGUGACAUCCAUGGAUUGGAUUUUUUGGGUAUAAGUGAUGGGGCAGGGGAAAAGGUGAUGAAAUCUUCUAGUGAAAAUAUGCAAGAGAGGUUUCAUCGGUAUUUGUCAAAUGCGGAGGUGCAAGGCAAUUUUGGAAGGUUACCCAUAUGGCAAAAGUCUAAGAUUUGUUUCUAUUCAAUGAGCUCUGUGGGAGCUAGUUUCAGUGCUACUGGGGAGUUUGAGAUUGAAAGGGUCCCUGCUAAUGAAAUUGAAAUAAGGCAGAAGGAGCUGUUGCCUGUUUUUGACCAUUUUCAUAGUAUCAGAUCAAGCUGGAAUGAGAGAGGCCUAGCUGGGGAAAGAUAUUUAAGCCCUUCGUCUCCCGUUCCGAAUCAAGGUGAUUAUAAGGAUACUGCUGAUAUGACAGUCAUUUGCCAUUCAAACCCAGCAUCGCUGAGUUCUACUGAAAGCUCUGAUGGAGGUUCAUCAAGAAGAAUCGAAAAUCUGCUUGACUUGGAUCAAGUUGCUUCCAGUUAUCAAGUACACAGUGAGAUAUGCCUGGAAAGAAUGGGGACAAUCAAUGUUGAGCCUUCUCUACAAAACCAGAUUGUGAUGGAAAGUCCAUCACGUGUGUUUGGAAUUUCAAAACAUGUCGAUUUUAAUGCUGACUUUAUUGGCAGUCCUAUAUUCCAGAUGACAAAUAUAACUUCUGAUGGAAGAGAUUCUAUAGGUUUGGGGAUCGAUGAUAACUCAGCAUUGGUCUUAGAAGACUCUUCACACGAGACAGAAUUUGUGGAAUCAAAGCAAGAUGAAGGUGUUGGGAUAUCUUUAACAGAUGGGCACUGCAAAACACAGGAACAUGAUGGAAGUGACCUGUUAACUGAAGUUGUAACUGAUGAUGUUGACAGCAGCAGUAGCCACCAUGGAAAAGAACAACUGGAGGAGGAUGAGGAGAAUGAUGAAAUGUUUGGUGGUAUAUUUUCCUUUUCCGAAGAAGGUUGAUUACAAUAAUCGAGGAAUAAGUCACAGCACCUAUGAAGUCAUCUCCUCAUCUCUGCUGGCUGGAAUCAUAGCUAGGAAAUAUAAAAUCAAUGUAAAUAUUGUGAAUAAGAAAUGGCAAAUGAGCACCAAUUUAGUUUAUUUGCUGCUGAAUUGUGCAGUCUCGGUGGGACUCUCACACUUACAUUCUGUAAAUAGAAUUGAAGUAUUAUUCAUGGGCUUGCUAACUGAGUCCUAGAGUGUGGAAAGUUAUGGGUAUAUAAGGGGUAUUUUGAGUUUGUAUUCACAGUCCUAAACUUAUCAUUUAUCAAUGUCUGUAAAUACGAAUCAGGCAUGGAAUUCCCUUGAAGUUGUGUAAAAACUAUAUUUUGAACUUGGCAAGGAGAAGAAAUGAAAAAAUGUAAAAGCUAAAUUAGUAGUGUUAA